AUGAAAGAAAAAGGGGAGACUUCUAUUGGUGCAAAGAAUUCAUUUGAAAAUUUGGUGCAUAUAGCUAGCAACAUGUCGCAAGAAUUUCAAAGAUUGAAACAAGAUGAGUCAAGACACCCACAGCGUUCUAGUUAUGGCCCUGAAUUCGAGAAUCAAUCCCAAUCCCCCACUCCAUCGAUAAAUUCCACCGGCUAUGUUAAAGACUCAGGAUCCAACACGCCUUCCAACCUAGCAAGCUCUCCUUCGAAUCAGCAUCUGCAGUUGCAGCAGACAGAGAGACAGGGGAAGGCUAAGAGAAUGGCGUGUGUUGAGUGCAGACAACAGAAAUCGAGAUGCGAUGCCCAUGAGAGACACCCUGAGCCCUGCACUAGGUGUGCCAAGAAGAAACUCAAAUGUGACUUGAAGUCGGAUUACAAGAGAACUUACAAGAGGGCUAGGAUAGCUCAAAUCGAGAAAGAGUUUAUGGAGUUGAAGAAGUCAUUAAAUACAGCACAGGCUACAGAACUUCUCUCGCGAUUUCCUUCGUUGGCAAAUGGCGAAAACAAAGAUGGGGAUGGAGAUUUUAACCUAGUAGAUAGUCCACGCAACAGCACACCACAACAAGAAAUUACAGCAGACAGGAAGGUCCAUGAUAACUCGGUGUCAAGUCAUCCAACGGAAGCAAGACCUCCUUCAUAUCCCCAAAGCACAAAUGUCCGUAAUGUCUCGAUUGUCAACGUGCCACAAGUUUGUCAGAAUACACAAGCUGAUGCCGCAAAUGCCCACCCGAACGUCCCCCAAUUGACUUAUGAUGCCAAGUUAGGGAAUAGCAGUGUGUCGAGGUUACUGCAAGGCCUCAAGCUUUCUGACGAAGUGUUGCACUGUGAAGACAAAUCUGUUGAAUCGAUAACGUUAACUUCAAGUACGAUCAAGGAACUUUUCAUGGAAUAUGUUUCACGAUAUCAUCCGAUUUUUCCUGUUGUCGAAGUAACCAAAGGACCAGAACGGAUAUAUAGGCUUUGCCCCCCACUAUUUUGGGUUAUCAUAUUUGUGUCCUUGCGAAGAUUUAAAGAGGGCUUUUCAAAAAAUUUGUUGAUUCAAUUGUCGCCGAUAGUGAAGGGAAUUCUUGCGGAAAUUAUGAUUUCUCCAAUUACAAGGUACAACCCCACUGAAGAAGAUGAACCUAUCUACAAUGUCAGUUCCGUUUAUUCAGUACAGGCUUUCUUGUUAUAUUCUUAUUGGCCGCCAAUCACUUCCUCACUCAGUGCGGACUCUUCGUAUAGUACUGUUAGUACUGGGUUUUUCCAAGCAAUACGAAUAGGAUUACAUGCUCCCUCGUUGUUUUCAAGCGGAAAAAAUUCAGACUCACAGUCCGCAAGUAAGAUUACACAACAGCAGCAAAUGUUACAGGAACAGAUCAAAACCUGGAUUGCGACAAAUGCAGCAAGCCAGUUCAUAGCCACAGCUUUUGGGUACCCCGCAUGUGUUCAGUUUGACUCCUCUAUCUGGUAUUACAGCCGGAAAGGUAGCGAUGUCCCGAUCCCGGAAGAUAUAAAGUUGAUGUUGGCUACUGCGCAAUUUGAAGAUCAAAUGGCCAAGUCCCUUAACUCCAAUCCUAUGGAUCCUUGUGGUGUAAGUGACGCCAAUGAAAGAGUCUCACUUUUGAAGUUGCUCGAGAAAAGAGUAGACGAGUUGGAAGUGACCAUUUCCCGUACAACACUGCAUGAUUCGUUCAAGUUUAGAAUGUUUGAAAUUUUGGCUUCCAAAGUACAUCUUUUCAGUUAUUACUUUAUGGACUCUUCAAAGAUUUCGGAGUUUGAAUUGAAAACAGGGUUAGUAAAGCUUUAUAAUGCAGCAACUAGAUUGGUUUCUUUUACUCAAAGUUGUCAAACCGAAGAUAAAAAGUUUAUCAAGUAUCUACCAGGUGUGUAUUUGCUCAACCUUUGGCAAGCUGCUUGUAUCAUAGGGAAAUUGGUUCACUCCAGCUUGAAGAGCGUAAUUGAUGUUACUCGGGGGAAACAAAGCUAUGAGGCGGUUGUAAAUUUGACUGCUAGAGCGUCCAUACUUAAGCAUGACAUGGCAUUUCGUUCAAGUGGAAUAACGCGAAAUAUGUGGCUGCUUUUCCGACAAUUGGAUAGCCAGAAUUUGAAUACUUUGAGCAUAAGUAUAAGAAACAGGAUGGCAGCGUCGGUGUUUUUUGACUGUUUGAAUUUGAUUAGAGAGAAAGCAGGCAUGACAAACUUGAGAGUGAAAACAGAUGAUCGAAAUCCGGGUCCUGAAUCGCAUUUAGAAGAUGGACAAGAGGACAAUUUGCAAGCUGAAGGGGAUCUGGAUUCAGAAGCGCGAAAGGAAAUUAGUCGCAAGGAAAAGAGGUCAUUAUCGAAUGAAGAUGACGCUGAUCAGAAAGCAAGAAAGAUUAUUCGAACAAUUCCUUUGGAUCCUGAACCGAUUUCAGCUGGCGCAACGAAAAGAAGCACUAUAUUCAAUAUUGUAAAUGCUUCCACAGAUUCCACACCGGCGGUGAAAGGCGACUGCAACACUCCAGAUACAAAUAGGUAUAACCAAGUUCCACCUCCGUUUGCCACCUCUGCCCCCGCCGUCGAUUCCACUGUCUUGAAUGGAAAUCAGAAUACCGUCACCACACCACAAUUUUUGCCUUCAGUGCAUUCUCAGAGUCUUCAGAAGGAUCCAAUGCCUAACUCAAAUCACGAGUAUCCGCCAUUUACAUCCAACACGACUUACCAGCAACCACAAUCUACCUCCACCUACUACGAUUCGCCACUACAACUGGGAUUAGAAAGCUUGGACUUGGACAGGUUUGACAGCGAUAUGUUGUGGAGAGACGUCGACAGCGUCAUGAACGAUUUUGGAUUCCACAUGGGAUGA